AUGCCGACCAUUGACCAAAACGCUGACCGGGUGGCCCCUGAGUUCUUUCAUGAGAUUCGAGAUCGCGAGAAACCUCAAGAUUUGAGCCAAACUCACGUCCGCAAUUUUUCCAUUGCGUCUCUGGGCUUAUCACGGCAAUCUCGCAUCUUACUUUACAAGAGCUCAUGGCGAGGCGCAGCAGUGUUGCGUCGGCAAGAGGAACAGCAUACGGUGACCAUCCUCGUUUCAUUUGCCGAGUCAACUAGCAUUCGUGGACCUAGCAGAUUCGGGAAUGAAGGCCGUAGGAUGAGCUUCGCGGCAGUUCCCUGGCUUGACGAUGGUUGGCUGAUUAUCUCCGGCUACCGGCAUCCCGGAGAGGACGACGCGCGCCGAGGCCCAAGUCCGGUGCAAGUUCGGGACUCUUCCGCAUGCUCGAAAUCCGUGGGUCAGCUCAAAAGGGUCAACCCAUUCUGUGACGAGGAGAAUUCUUUACGAGAAGUCCUAGCUUCUGCAGCCGACGCUUUAUACCAGAAGAGGCCUCUGGACGGAAGAUUGUUUGGUACAGCCACCGGUGAUGCUUUGGAAAGUGGAUUCAUGCGGAUCUCUGAGCAGGGCCUUAAUCUCUCGGCACGUUCCGACGUUCCCAGAACACCCAUGUUGGGAUUCCUGUCCGCGUUUCAACGUUUCAAGCCGACGCCAAUGAAAUUGCCCCCUGUUUAUGGCAACGGCCCCAUGCUCGCGUCUAGCGCCGUGUUUAAUUUAUUGCUGGCUAUCCCGCCGGUCUCUCUUCAACCCACUCAUUUGAUUCAUUCGCUUCUCAAACGUGGGCCGGCUCCCAAGAUGUACCACUCGUUGAUCCUUUCAUUAUCUGUUAUUCCCAUCCUGGGACUCGCCCUGCCGACAGCGCCAUCGGCGAACACAAACACAACACCAACGCGGGGCCUCGUGUCUGGCGCCGCGCUCUUCAACACGUCGAUCCCCAGAAUAAACAAUCUCGCCAACAGCACGAACCAAUUUGACACGAUAAACUACUUUCCUGACCCGGUGGUCAAAUGCUCCGGACGCAAACUCGACGACGACAAUAGCAACUGGAGUACAGACUUGACCACGGCGGUCACCGCGACCGACACGUCAGGCAUAUACGGGACGUGCGACGCGGAUGGCUCAGAGGUCGACGGCAGCGGAAAUCUAGCCUGGAAGAGCGGAAAGGUCCAGGUGUACUACUGCAAUCAUGGAUUCACGCCCAAUCCUUGCUCUGUAAACGAAUACUGGCGAGCAGACGAUCUCAUCAACGACAAGUGCGGCAGUAAUGGCGGCGGUUGGGUGUCAAUUUCUGACUGGGGGAAGACGAUUGGUCGGGAUCCCACAAACUCUGAUGGAAGCUUCAGAUCGGAGUGUGGAGCAAGCUUACAUGGUGUCAAAGCGAACGUUAUUGUCAAUGUUACCAGCACUUAG